AUGUCGGGUGUUGAGCAACCGCUGCUUUCUGUGACCUCGACCACUGGCGCUGCAUCAUGUCAGACGCAUGCAGUACAACGCACGAGGUUUCUAGAUCGCCAAGGGCGCUUUAAGCAAUCAUUAGGCCACUUUAACGUCAACCGCAAAGGUGGUCAUUGGCGCAGAAUUUAUUGGGAUGAUCCAUUUCACACGGUGAUCAACACUCGCUCAUCAAGGAUAAUCUUGGGCAUCUUUAUUGCAUAUUCUUUUAUCAUUUUGCUUUUCGCGCUGGCGUAUAUGGACAUAUCACUGCGGUAUCCGGCGUGUCAUGUCGGACUUUCGAGUAUCACAGAUGCCUACGUCUUCUCGCUUGAAACCAUUAUGACGAUUGGGUACGGGGCACCAAUGGAUGAUAUUUUUUUUGGUGGAUGUACCUCGAUUGCUACGCUAUUAACUUUCGAGUCAUUUGCUGGCAUUAUUCUUGAUUCAGUAUGUAUCGGCAUCUUCUACGCGCGAUUUGCUCGUGCUAACCAACGGGCAAAUACGAUAAUGUUUUCAAAUUCAGCUGUGAUACGCAAGAUUCGUGGACAUUACUACUUCAUGCUCCAGACAUGCGAACGGCGAAAGCACCAGCUUGUAGAGGCCCAUGUUCGUCUAUACGCUGUACGACAUGAAGUGGGAGAUGAUACCGACGAGCCAAACGAAACAUUGUUCCAAUGCCAUCAGAUGCGAGUGCAGCAGCCUGAUGAUGAUUGUGGCGCGAUGCUGCUCAUGGUUCUGCCGCAGGUGGUGGUGCACCGAAUCGAUCAGUGGAGUCCGUUGUUUCCUCCUGACUGUCUGCCACGCGAUGGUGGAGAUUCGAAAACGUGUGCAAUGUAUCCGAAUCCGACACAGCGGCAAGUGGAUAUUGACAAUGGGAAUCGUGAUGGUGGAUUGCCAGGUAGCACACAACUGUACAAGGAGCCGACAAAAAUGCAAAUCAUGAAUCACCUACGCAAGAGUGGACUCGAGAUCAUCGCUCUCUUGGAAGGUAUUGACAGCUCAACUUCAAAUACCAUGCAAGCACGCAUCUCGUACACUGACGAAGACAUUGCUUGGGAUGCUACCUUUGAGCGCUGUGUUGUCAAAACGUCAAAAGGUCUAUGUAUCGACUUUGAUCGUUUCCAUUUACUGAAACCAGCACCAUUGGAUUCGAUGCGGAAUCAGACAACAGAGUAA